CGGAGGCCCGAAGCCUUAGUGGGGGCCCGUGGUGUAGUUUAGAGCGACGGGAAAAUGGCGGAAAACAAAACGUAGGUAAAGGCAACAUUUUCCAAGAGAAAAUAACUCAGACGGAAAAAUAACAAAAAUAAAUUGCAGAUUUUAUUUUAUAAUAUGUAAGAGAGUCUACAACUUCAAGACGCAUAUUAAGAUAUUUGUGAAUAAUCUUUGCUAAUUAUGGAUUCAGGUGGUGGAAGUCUUGGAUUGCAUACAUCAGAUUCUAGAAUGGCUCAUACCAUGAUUAUGCAGGAUUUUGUGGCUGGAAUGGCUGGUACUGCACAUAUCGAUGGAGACCAUAUUGUUGUUUCAGUUCCUGAGGCUGUAUUAGUUUCUGAUGUAGUCACAGAUGAUGGGAUAACUCUAGAUCCUGGCUUAGCGGCUGAAGUUGUACAUGGGCCUGAUAUCAUCACUGAGACUGACAUAGUAACAGAAGGUGUGAUUGUUCCUGAAGCUGUACUUGAAGCUGAUGUUGCCAUUGAAGAAGAUUUAGAGGAAACUGAUGGUGAUCACAUUUUGACUUCCGAAUUAAUAACAGAAACUGUUAGAGUACCUGAACAGGUUUUUGUGGCUGACCUUGUUACAGGUCCUGAUGGACACUUAGAACAUGUGGUCCAAGAUUGUGUUUCUGGAGUUGACUCUCCCACAGUCGUAUCAGAGGAGGUUCUUGUAACAAAUUCAGAUACAGAAACUAUGAUUCAGGCAACUGAUGGUGUUCCUGGUUCUACAGUUACAAUUAAAACUGAAGAUGAUGAAGAUUUCGAUGAUGAAGAGGAGGAUGAGGAUGAUGAGGAUGAUGAUGAGGAGGAUGAUGAUGAUGAUGAUGUGAAAAGCACUUCUGAAGACUACUUGAUGAUAUCCUUGGAUGAUGUUGGUGAAAAGUUAGAGCAUAUGGGAAACACACCAUUAAAAAUGGGCAAUGAUGUUUCACAAGAAGAUGUUAAAGAAGAUGGAUUUGGUUCAGAAGUAAUAAAAGUAUAUAUAUUCAAAGCUGAGGCUGAAGAUGAUGUUGAAAUAGGUGGAACAGAAAUUGUGACAGAGAGUGAGUACACUAAUGGACAUUCUGUAACAGGAGUGCUUGAUCAGAACCGAAUGCAGCGGGAGAAGAUGGUUUACAUGGCUGUUAAAGAUUCUUCACAAGAUGAUGAUAUCAGUUGCGCUGAAAUAGCAGAUGAAGUUUACAUGGAAGUCAUUGUAGGGGAAGAGGAAGGAACUUCUCUCCCUGAGACUCAGCUUGAACACUCUGAUGUUAAUAAAACAAUUGUCCCUGUUGUCUGGGCUGCGGCAUAUGGGGAUGAAAGAAAAGCUUCACGAAGAUACGAAGAUUGCCAAGCAUCAGGAAAUACUUUGGAUUUAGCAUUAGAAAACAGAAGUAGUACAGCAGCACAGUACCUUCAAAUUUGUGAUGGCAUUAGUACAAAUAAAGUGCUUAAACAAAAAUCUAAGAAGAGGAGAAGAGGAGAAACCAGGCAAUGGCAAACAGCUGUUAUAAUAGGUCCGGAUGGACAGCCCCUGACAGUGUACCCUUGCCAUAUUUGUACAAAAAAGUUUAAAUCCAGAGGAUUCUUGAAAAGGCACAUGAAAAAUCAUCCUGAUCAUUUGAUGAGAAAAAAGUACCAGUGUACAGAUUGUGACUUUACAACUAACAAGAAAGUGAGUUUUCAUAACCAUUUAGAAAGCCAUAAGCUUAUUAACAAAGUUGACAAAACUCAUGAGUUUUCUGAAUACACAAGAAGAUACAGAGAGGCUAGUCCACUGAGCUCAAAUAAACUUAUAUUGAGGGACAAGGAGCCGAAGAUGCACAAAUGCAAAUACUGUGACUAUGAAACUGCAGAGCAAGGACUGUUAAACAGACAUUUACUAGCUGUUCACAGCAAGAAUUUUUCUCAAGUUUGUGUUGAGUGUGGUAAGGGCUUUCGACAUCCUUCAGAACUCAAGAAGCAUAUGAGAACGCAUACUGGUGAAAAGCCAUAUCAGUGUCAGUACUGUGUCUUCAGGUGUGCAGAUCAGUCAAAUCUGAAAACUCAUAUUAGGUCUAAGCAUGGUAACAAUUUGCCAUAUAAAUGCGAACAUUGUCCCCAAGCAUUUGGUGAUGAGAGGGAACUUCAGCGUCAUUUGGAUUUGUUUCAAGGACAUAAGACGCAUCAGUGUCCUCAUUGUGACCAUAAGAGCACCAAUUCAAGUGACCUUAAGCGGCACAUCAUAUCUGUUCAUACUAAGGAUUUUCCUCACAAAUGUGAGGUCUGCGAUAAAGGUUUUCAUCGUCCUUCUGAGCUCAGAAAGCAUAGUGAUAUCCAUAAAGGCAGGAAGAUUCAUCAGUGUAGGCACUGUGACUUUAAAACAUCAGAUCCAUUUAUUCUUAGUGGCCAUAUCCUUUCGGUUCAUACUAAGGAUCAGUCAUUGAAGUGUAAGAGGUGCAAGAGAGGGUUCAGACAACAAAAUGAACUCAAAAAACAUAUGAAGACCCAUACUGGAAGAAAGAUUUACCAAUGUGAGUAUUGUGAAUACAGCACUACAGAUGCUUCUGGCUUUAAACGACAUGUGAUAUCUAUACAUACAAAGGACUAUCCACACAGGUGUGAAUUUUGCAAGAAGGGUUUUCGAAGGCCAUCAGAAAAAAAUCAGCAUAUUAUGAGGCACCACAAGGAGGCUCUUUUGUAAUAAGAUCAAUAUCAAGAAAGAGGCUAUUUAGAAAAUAUGAUAUGCUACUUGAAAAGAAAAUUGCACAAACUCAUCUGGCUAAAAAGCUCGAUCUUAAGUCAUAACUUUUCAGUCUUUCUAUUAAUGAUCUUAAGAUAUUUGAAUUGGUAGGGGAUCUUAUAGCCUUUUGAAAAAUAAUUAAACAUGAUUAAAUGUGAAAAACAUCUUCAACCUCUAUUUAAUAGUAUUAUUCAUAAUUAAACUACAGAGAGGAAAAGCAAAAAUAAAUAAUUGGCUGAUCAUACCAGAGAGAAACAUUUCCAGAAAGAUUAUAUGUAAUUGAGUUUAGAAGUGCUCUGCCAUGGCAAACAAGCCUCACAUUUAUGCAAUUUUAGAAAUGGGGUGUUGAAAUAAAAUACAGUCAUUCAUGAGUCACUUAGUCAUUGAAUAUUUUAUAUAAAGUCUGGAAGUUAAAUUCCAGAAAUGGCAAACGUUUUUAGUAUUAAAAUAAAUUUCAUGAGGAAAGAGGUUAGAUUAAUCCAAUGUUAUUUUUAAAAGAAUUUUCAGAGCUGCUAAAAUUUUGUCACAGUAUAGGGUGUUAAAAUCUAGAAUUCUAUGCUAAAAUCCAAGGUCAAUUCUUAAGGAUGAACUUCCUUCUUCUGAUACACAAUUUGAUAGUUUUCAGUUUGGCAUAUGACAAAGUUAUAUUUGAGUCAUUUGACUUUAUAAAAUGGAUGCAGCUGUAGUGUUGCAAACAAAGCACUGUAUUUCUUAAACAGCUAAAGAGUAAAAUGAGAGAACACAAUUUCCUUAAAUACUGCAAUGUUUAGACAGUGUUUUAGGACAGUCUUAGCAGUAUGAUUGUUCUAGUAUUACUUGCUCUAAUGUUUAAAGGUGCAAUUUUAUGCCAUUAUUGAGAGUUUUGGUUUUUAAAAUCUUAUAUCAUUAGUGCAAAUUAUCAGUAUGAGGCAGUAUUGAUGCAAUACUUAGCAGAAAAAUAUACUGCCACUAGACUUUGGAGGUGAAUAUUCAUUUUAUAGUGUAUAAAUUUAAAAUAUGCAUCCCUUUAACAACGCUUUGUGUUAGCAUGCUGCAAAUCAAAAUGGCACUUACUAUAUAAAGCUGAUUUAAGGAAAUUUAAUUGAAACACUGUUUAUAAAUUUAACGCAUAUGAUGUGUACUUUUAAGUUUUAGUUGCUUCAUAUUUACACUCCACUGUUAAACAUAAUUAAAAGGUAAUUUUAACUUUUUAAUUAAAAGGUUAAAAUGCACUAUAUUGUGGCUUUGUGUUUCAAAUAAUGUUUGUCUUUAUUUUGCACCAGGCAAAAAUAAUUUCUUGGAUAAAAAGUUUUUUAUCUUUCUUAACAUCAGAAUAUUAAAUUUGGAAAAUAUAAAAUUGUGUGUUAUGUGGCUGUAAAUGAUGUACACGCUGUAAAAUAAGAUUGUCACUGUUACAUGGGACUAUUAGUUCUAAAUGUUAUUCAUUGAAAUUGAGCAUACAAUAAAAAGCAUUUAUUGCAUUUCAAGAGCUUAUGAAUUUAUUU